CUAAACUACAUACUGAAUUGUAUUUUGCAAAAAGUACAAAUAAAAUAUUUUUGGCGCUAAAUUAUUGGUAAUUUAAACGCAAGCGGCUGUCUCUUGUACAAUGUCGGCGUCACUUGACUCUGCUUUGGAUCCAAUGGAAGAGAUUCGUUUUCGGAAGAAACAUGGUGCAAUGUGGAUAGAUAUACAAAAAGAAACACAUUUCACGUUUGAUGAACUAGAACAAAUUAUGGUAAUAUUUUUCAAAAUUCAAAAAAGAGACGAAAAACCCGCUGCGUCUGAUUUAAUACCUAGGGCCCACUUUAGAGACGUUCUUCACACUGGCCUUGGAAUGACAGAUACGUAUAUGAUGGAACGUGUAAUGGUUGCUUUGGAUAGAGGUACAUCCCCCUUCGUUACAAUGGCCACUUUUGCUAAGGCAAUGUCCUUAUAUCUGAGAGGUGAUUUGGAGGAACGUAUCAAAUAUGCAUUUACGUGUUAUGAUUUACUUGGAGAAGGAUCACUUAGAAGAGAGACCAUGUAUCAGCUUAUGAAGAAGAGUUUAGCCAAGGCUUCUAGAGAUGAUGAUGUUGAAGAGGCUGUAAAGGAACUCGUAGACAUUAUGUUGAAGCGUAUGGAUUUAGACCUGGACGGAGUGAUUAAUUUCAAGGAUUUUCACGACUGCGUAAUGAAGACACCUUCUCUGUUGGAGAGCCUAGGCUAUUGCCUUCCGGAGAGAUCUGCAGUUUAUUCCUUUAUUGCUACAUGGUGCCCCGCUUGGGGAAAAAUGUAAAUCAUAAAUAAAUAUACCUGCAUUUGUAUAAUAA